UUGUUUUCGUUUUCAUGGAGCGGCGCAUGUGAAAUGGGCAAACCCAAAUGAGCAGUUGUGUUUGGUUUGUGAGGCUGCCAAGAGCGAAAAGCGGAAAAAUCGGAAAGGCGGACGAUGCAUAAAAUAUUGGGGCUACUGUUGUUUGCCCAGUGUCUGCUGCUCACUUGGCCCACGCCCGGAAAUGGCCAGUCCCCGGUGGCGCCUGAGUCCCGUCUCCUGGUGGCCAUCCACUACGAGGCCCUGUGCCCGGACAGCAUGAACUUCAUCCGGCGCAGGUUGUACGAUGCUCUCCAGGACAACGACUGGUGGUCGGUCACCGAUCUGAAGCUAUAUCCCUUUGGCAAGGCGGGCUUCUACAAUAACACAGCCACUGGAGCGAGGCAAGUAUUUUGUCAGCAUGGCGCCGCCGAGUGCGAGCUGAAUGCACUUCAUGGCUGCAUCAUUGAGACCCUGGACAUCCGAAAGGCGUUCAACCUGAUCUACUGCAUGCUGCGCUCCUACGCGAACGAGCUGGACUCGUGCUCCAGGAGCAUGGGUGUGGACGUGGCCAAGGCCAGGGAGUGCAAGAGAUCACGUGCCACGGCAGAUAUAUUGGCGCCCUAUGGCAAGGAAACCCUUAAGCUGGGCAUCUCCUUUGUGCCCACCAUUGUGUUCGAGAAUGACUUCGAUCCGUACAACCAGAGAAGCAUUCGCAACAACUUUGAGAGACACUUUUGCCAGCAGUAUUUGCACAAGUUCAACAUUCGACUGCCCACUUGUUCUGCAAUUUAGUAAACAUUUAUGUAAUGCACUGAGCAAUGUCGCCGUUUCAAUGUUUUCAACACCAAUGCACAAUAAUUACACCCAGCUGGGGCCAUUAUAAAUUUACA